AUGGCUAGUCCUCGGAGUAGCGGUCCGGCCGACAGGGAUAUCGACCAGGCCAUAGCAUCACUUAAGAAAGGUGCGACUUUGUUGAAAUAUGGGCGCAGAGGGAAGCCGAAAUUCUGCCCGUUCCGGCUUUCUAAUGAUGAGGCUUUACUGAUAUGGUACUCUGGGAAAGAUGAGAAACACAUUAGACUUAGUCAUGUUUCUACGAUUAUUCCUGGGCAGCGCACUGCAAUAUUUCAGCGGUAUCCACGACCUGAAAAGGAGUACCAAUCAUUUUCACUUCUUUACAAUGAUCGGUCCUUGGACUUGAUAUGUAAAGACAAGGAUGAGGCUGAAGUGUGGUUUGUUGGUCUUAAGGCAUUAAUUAAUCGAGGUUCCUACCGGAAUCUUAGAAUUGAGUCAAGAUCUGACAACAGCAUAUCAACAGAUACCCCUCCUGCUCGUACUCGAAGAAGUUCUCCAUCAAUUGCACCAUUUAUCUGUGAUGCGGCAGGAGAUACUGAGGGAGCUUCAUUGGAGAAUGCCCCAUUGAAUAGAUUAGGAAGGGCAUUUGCUGACAUUAUAUCAUAUACUGAUGCUACCAAGACUCAUGCUGAGUCACCUUCUAUUUCCUCAUUAUCACCUGCAUCUGUAGAUCAUUCAAAUGGUCGAAGUUCCACAUCUGAAGCUGUUCGAAUUAGUUUGUCUAGUGCUGUAAGCUCAUCAAGUCAAGGUUCUUAUCCAGAUGACUUUGAUGCUUUAGGAGAUGUUUUUAUAUGGGGUGAAGGUAUUAAUGGUGGAGUACUGGGAGGCAAUGUAGAUAGAACAGGGAGUUCAAUGUCUUCCAGGAUGGAUGCUCUCCUGCCUAAGGCAUUGGAAUCAACAAUGGUCAUAGAUGCUCAAGGUAUUGCUUGUGGUGCCAGACAUAUUGUACUGAUUACCAGGCAAGGGGAAGUGUUCAGUUGGGGAGAAGAGUCAGGAGGCAGGCUGGGUCAUGGUGUAGAAGCAGAUGUUUCCCACCCUAAGCUCAUUAGCACUCUUAGUGGCAUGAAUGUUGAACUAGUCGCUUGUGGGGAGCAUCAUACCUGUGCUGUUACACUUUCUGGAGAGCUCUAUACAUGGGGUGAUGGCGCUAAUAAUUUUGGUCUACUUGGACAUGGAAGUGAAGUUGGUCACUGGAUUCCCAAAAAGGUAAGUGGUCAUAUGGAAGGUAUACACAUAUCAUAUAUCUCUUGCGGACUGUGGCAUACAGCUGCUGUGACCUCAGCUGGUCGGUUAUUUACAUUUGGGGAUGGAUCCUUUGGUGCUUUAGGCCAUGGAGAUCAUAGUAGCACAAGUACUCCACGGGAGGUGGAAACUUUGAGAGGGCUGAGAACAGCAAGGGUUGCUUGUGGCGCUUGGCACACUGCUGCAGUUGUUGAAACAUCAAAGGAAUCAUCUAGGCCUGAGGAUUCUGGUAACUCUGCUUCUGGAAAGCUGUACACCUGGGGGGAUGGAGAUAAAGGCCGACUUGGACAUGGCGAUGAAGUUUCUAGACUAGCUCCUGAAUGUGUAGCUACAUUGGUUGAUAAAAAUUUCUCUCAAGUAGCAUGUGGGCAUAGUCUCACAGUUGCCCUUACAACCUCAGGACACGUAUAUACAAUGGGAAGCACUGCUUAUGGACAGCUUGGUAGUCCUUCAGCUGAUGGAAAAGUUCCCACUCUUGUUGAAGGUAAAAUUGCAGAUAGCUUCAUUGAAGAAAUCGCCUGUGGUUCUUGUCAUGUGGCAGUUUUGACGUCCAAGGCAGAGGUUUAUACUUGGGGAAGGGGUUCAAACGGGCAAUUAGGACACGGAGACAAUGAUGAUAGGAGGACACCUACUGUCGUUGAGUUUAUUAAAGAUAAACAAGUAAAGAGUGUAGUAUGUGGUUCAAACCUCACUGCGGCCGUUUGUCUUCAUAAAUGGGCAUCUGGUGCGGACCAUUCCGUGUGUGCUAACUGUCAUAAUUCCUUUGGUUUCAGAAGAAAACGCCAUAAUUGUUAUAAUUGUGGUUUAGUUUUCUGUAAAGCGUGCAGCAGCAAGAAAGUUCUGAAAGCUGCCUUGGCUCCAAAUGCAAACAAGGCUUAUCGGGUAUGUGAUGAUUGUUAUGCAAAAGUAAAGAAAGCUGCAGAAGCUAGUUCUGCUGGACGGAAUCCCAAAAUGAGAAGUGGACAAUUAUACCAUAAAUCCGGUGAGAUGACAGACAAAGAGACUUUAAUGCCUAUGUUACGUGCAACACUCUCCAGAAUUUCAUCUUUUGGCUCAGGCAGUCAUAUUGAAAGCAAGAUUCCUAAGCCUGAAAGAAAACUAGAAGCACAUCAUAAUCGUGUCUUUCCCAUGCUAAAUGGACAUGUGCAGUUAGGGUCCUUUGAUUUGUCAAAAGCAUCAACUUCCCUUCACAGAGAUCCAAGAAAGUUAAUGUCAGCUUCCGUGCCUACUUCCAGAAAGUCUUCUCUGUUCACAUCUCCUGUUUCAGUAAAGUCAAGUCCCUGUCAGUCUUCUGAAGACAUUCUUGAGGACCCAAAGUUAGUAAAUGGAAGUUUGAGCCGAGAAAUUAUCAGUUUAAGGGCACAGGUAGAAGACCUUACUUUUAAAUCCCAACAACUCGAAGCUGAACUUCAAAAAACAUUGAAGAAGUUGAAUGUGGUCUCUGCAGUAGCUAACGAUGAAGCUGAAAAAUGCAAAACUGCAAAGGAAGUUAUCAAGUCUCUAACUGCUCAGUUGAAGGAAAAGGCUGAAAGAAUGCCAGAAGGACAUGUGACAGGUUCAACUGCUCAUUCCAUUACUCCUCAAAUGGAGCCCAAUGGGAAUUUAAUGGAUCGGGUGUUAGCUGAUGGAAUUAAAUCACAUAGUGGAAAGGCAGAGCGAGUUCUACAAGAAGAACCUGGCGUGUAUAUAACUUUAUGCUCCUUGCCGGCCGGUGGUAAUGAACUGAGACGAGUUCGCUUCAGUCGGAGACAUUUCACUGAAGAAGCAGCAGAGAGAUGGUGGGCUGAUAAUGGGGCGAAGUUGUGUGAGCGGCACGGUAUACAAGGUGCUGAGUAGUAUGUUGUUUGCUGUCCAUGUAUGAAUACAUCACGACCUUCUUUCCUCCACUGAAAUGUGUAAAUUUUACCUGUUAAUUGUUCGGUGGAGUUUUCAUCAAAGGAUCUGGAGUUAGAAUCCGCAAGUAGACUGAGAUUUAGAAUGCCAAAGCUGUAGCAAGCAGAGAUUUUUGAAACAUUGAAAAAAAGAAAUAUAGAGGUCUAUGAACUGGAAGAUGAAUUUUGAGGAAUUUCAGCAUUCUGCAGUUAAUGCUGAUAUUUUUGCACAGUU